AAGAUAUGCACAUACAUCCGAGACAACACUCCAUCCAUCCAUGCCCGACCCUCCCUCUGUCAAAGGCCCUCUCGUCUUCUCCGAUUCCUGGGGUUUUCAGUUUCGAAACCCUAAUCUUGUUUGCGGAGAUCGAACAGGUGGAAGCAACAAUCAAUAGGUAACCUAAUUCCUUUUUCAAAUUGCAUAGUCUAUCCAUCAGUGCUAGGGGCGGGGGUGUGAGAAUGGCUGCGGCGGCGACGAUGGUGACCUCGGCGGGAGGGCUGCUGGCCAUGCUGAACGAGAACCAUCCAUCUCUGAAGCUUCACGCUCUGUCCAAUCUUAACGCUUUUGUUGACUACUUCUGGCCCGAGAUCUCAACUAGCGUCCCCGUUAUAGAGAGCUUAUAUGAAGAUGAGGAAUUUGACCAACGUCAACUUGCUGCAUUACUUGUUUCAAAGGUUUUCUAUUACUUGGGUGAACUUAAUGACUCAUUGUCAUAUGCUCUUGGAGCCGGUUCUUUGUUUGAUGUUUCUGAGGAUUCGGAUUAUGUUCAUACCCUUCUCGCUAAAGCUAUUGAUGAAUAUGCCAGUCUAAAGUCAAAGGCUGCAGAGUCAAAUGAUGAAACUGCCAAAAUGGACCCCCGAUUGGAGGCUGUCGUGGAGAGAAUGUUGGAUAAGUGUAUACUGGAUGGACGGUAUCAGCAGGCCAUUGGAAUGGCAAUUGAAUGCAGAAGAUUAGACAAGCUUGAGGAAGCAAUUGCAAGAAGUGAUAAUAUUCAUUCAACCUUGUCGUAUUGCAUUAAUAUCUGUAAUUCUUUUGUUAGUUUGAGAGAAUAUCGACAUGAGGUGCUUCAUCUUCUUGUCAAAGUUUACCAGAAGCUACCCUCACCUGAUUAUUUGAGCAUUUGUCAGUGCCUUAUGUUCCUGGAUGAACCAGAGGGUGUUGCCAGCAUCUUGGAAAAACUUCUACGAUCUGACAAUAAGGAUGAUGCUUUACUGGCAUUUCAAAUAGGCUUUGAUCUUGUAGAGAAUGAGCACCAAGCUUUCCUAUUGAAUGUAAGAAAUAUGCUCCCCAAUGCCAAGUCUCAAACAUCAGAACCUGCACAACAAGGAUCUACAGCACCUGAUUCUGGUCAGAAUGGAAAUGCUACUGCUGGUGAGGAUGUUCAAAUGACAGAUGAAACUCAGGUUCAAAGCAGGAACGUGCAAGAGGUUGAUCAGAAUGAAGUGACCUUUGCUGAGAGGCUAACAAAAAUGAAAGGGAUUUUGUCUGGCGAGACUUCAAUACAGCUGUCUCUACAAUUUUUAUACAGUCAUAACAAGUCUGAUCUUCUUAUCCUUAAGACAAUAAAACAGUCUGUAGAGAUGAGAAAUAGUGUGUGCCACAGUGCAACAAUUUAUGCUAAUGCAAUUAUGCAUGCUGGAACAACUGUUGAUACAUUUCUCCGGGAGAAUCUGGAUUGGCUGAGCAGGGCUACUAAUUGGGCUAAAUUCAGUGCCACAGCUGGGCUAGGUGUUAUCCACAGGGGCCACCUGCAGCAGGGCAGAUCCUUGAUGGCUCCUUACUUGCCACAAAAUGGGGCUGGUGGUGGGAGUCCAUAUUCUGAAGGUGGGGCCCUUUAUGCCCUAGGCUUGAUUCAUGCAAACCAUGGGGAGGGUAUCAAACAAUUUCUUCGUGAUAGCCUACACAGUACCAAUGUUGAGGUUAUUCAGCAUGGUGCAUGCUUGGGUCUUGGUUUAGCUGCUCUUGGAACUGCUGAUGAGGAUAUAUAUGAUGAAAUAAAAAAUGUUCUUUACAGUGACAGUGCUGUUGCUGGAGAAGCUGCUGGUAUCAGUAUGGGCUUACUGAUGGUUGGAACUGCAAGUGAGAAGGCAAGUGAAAUGCUCACUUAUGCACAUGAGACACAACAUGAAAAAAUCAUUAGGGGCUUGGCAUUAGGGAUAGGACUCACAGUCUAUGGAAGAGAAGAAGAAGCAGAUACAUUAAUUGAGCAGAUGACUCGGGAUCAAGAUCCUAUUCUACGCUAUGGUGGCAUGUAUGCAUUGGCAUUGGCAUACAGGGGAACAGCAAACAACAAGGCGAUACAUCAGCUGCUGCAUUUUGCUGUAUCAGAUGUGAGUGAUGAUGUCAGGCGGACAGCUGUUCUUGCUCUUGGGUUUGUCCUGUACUCUGAACCAGAACAGACCCCUCGCAUAGUCUCCUUGUUGUCUGAGUCUUACAACCCACAUGUCCGGUAUGGAGCAGCGCUAGCAGUAGGCAUUUCCUGUGCGGGUACAGGUUUGAGUGAAGCAAUAUCUCUUCUAGAGCCUCUGACUUCAGAUGUGGUUGAUUUUGUUCGUCAAGGUGCUUUAAUUGCCAUGGCCAUGGUGAUGGUUCAGAUCAGUGAAGCUAGUGAUUCUCAUGUCGGAGCAUUCAGGCGGCAGUUAGAGAAAAUUAUAUUGGAUAAGCAUGAGGACACCAUGAGCAAGAUGGGAGCUAUUUUGGCUUCAGGAAUACUUGAUGCUGGUGGAAGGAAUGUGACAAUUAAGUUGCUUUCCAAGUCAAAGCAUGAUAAAAUCACCGCAGUUGUUGGUCUUGCUGUUUUCAGCCAAUUUUGGUUUUGGUAUCCUCUUACAUAUUUUAUUAGCUUGUCAUUCUCUCCCACUGCCUUUAUUGGGCUGAACUAUGACUUGAAAGUUCCAAGGUUUGAGUUCUUGUCACAUGCAAAACCAUCUCUGUUUGAGUAUACUAAGCCAAUUACUGUACCCACUGCUACCUCUGCUGUGAAACUUCCUACUGCGGUCUUAUCAAUAUCUGCAAAAGCGAAGGCUAGGGCUAGCAAGAAAGAGGCUGAGCAGAAAGCUAUCCUUGAAAAGUCAGUAGCAGAGUCGUCUUCCGCCGGCUCAAAUGUUGGCAAAGGGAGAUCUUCUGUUGACAAGGAUGGGGCUUCUAUGCAGGUUGAUAGUCCAGAUAAGAAGUUAGAGCCUGAACCAUCUUUUGAAAUUUUGACGAACCCUGCCAGGGUGGUUCCUUCUCAGGAGAAGUUCAUUAAAUUUCUGGAAGAAAGCAGAUAUGCACCGGUCAAGAUAGCACCUUCAGGGUUUGUUCUAUUGAAAGAUCUACGUCCAACCGAACCAGAAGUGCUCUCUCUCACUGAUGCACCCUCGGCUGCUGCUGGAUCCACAGCUGGACAACCGGGUUCAACAUCUGCCAUGGCUGUUGACGAGGAACCUCAACCUCCUCAGCCCUUUGAAUACUCCUCUUGAUAAUAUUGGUUUUGAGCUAAAUUCGUCCUCUUUGGGGGGGUGUUGUUCCAGGGUAGUUGUGUGGAGCAACCAUCAUGGUUUAGACAACUCUUGUGUAUUAUCCUGAGAAUUUAUGCUCAACUUCUAAGAGGUAGGCAGGCGAUUCCUGGUGGAUGGUGGUGAUAUCAUGGUGAUGGCGAUCCUGGCUGAUCACUUAGUGUUUCUCUUUAGCUUGUAUGAUGAUCGUUUAGAAAUGGAGAUGGAGCAGGAAUGCAGGAUGCAUCCUGUGAUUCCCUGGUCCCAGCUAUAGGCAGGAACUGCUCUCCUUAGGUCUGGUGCUGGACUGGGUAUUAACCACCAGCAGCAGCAGCAGCAUAUAAUAAGCUUUGUGGGAAAUAGAUAGCUUUUUGGCCGGGAACUUUUACAUCACUUUCCUAAGGAGGAACAUAUGUACGUUACUGUUGGCAUUGCUGAUUUUUUUCUAAGAAAUGUGCCCUCAAAUCAAACAACCUAAUCCUGUUCCAGAUA